GAAGGAAAUUGUGUCUGAGCACGUGUGGAUGCAAUUUGACUGUUCAGUGUCACACUCUGGUCUUAAACCAGCACCUUUUUUAAAAAAAAAACAAUCAUCAAAUAACGCUCUGAGACAAGCCCAGAUAUUCCAAUCUUUGAAAUGGUUAUUUUACUUUCCUUUUGCAAGCACAUUAAUAAAAAAUUCUAUGACAGAUAUUUAAUUUACUGAAUGUUCCUAUAAGUGUAAACUAUGCAAAAUGAUUUUGCCUGGGCAACAAUAUUGCAUAGGGCAUAACUGGAUCAGGGAAAAGAAGAGGCAAAUAUGCAGAGAACAGGCAAAAAGAUUAGAAGACCAAGAGAUUUGAGGGAAAGCAAGCAAAAGCAAGCGGGUUUAAGGUCCAGUCAAAGCCUUUUAAGCAGCUAGUGAACAGACUAGUGAACAGAGCCGCAUUUUUCUGUUUCCUACCAUAGAGGUUUCUGCAAGACUAGUUCAUAGCCUCAGGAGGAAGUGUUUUUAAGUGGCUGAGAGUAUCCAGCAAUCUGCAGUUCGAACGUAGAUACUAUUUCCCCGCCCAGGGAGUUAAUUGGCUUUAAAAUAUAAGCUACACCCAGUUUUUCACAGCUUGAAUAAGCAUCAGUAGAACCUGAGAGACCAACAGAGCCACUAUGAACUUGUGAAAAAAACCCAGGCAUUUUGUCAUGCAUGUUAUUUCUCUGGAAGUUCUGUAACAGCAGCACAUCGGUUGGCUGUAUUGCUGUCUUUAGCAUGGGCUGUGCUAAUAUCAGCAGUCCACAACAGGAUAUAGAGACAUGGGCACUUCCACCCUGCAACAAGUACCUAUGCCCUUUACUGCCAAUGCGUGCCCUCAUCCCAGUGACAGUCGUGUGUUCGGCAUUGCUGCUACUCGGUGUGGCAGGCAACAUUCUGACUGUGGUGGUGACAGGUUGUUCCCGAUCACUACGCAAUACCACGAGCCUCUACCUAGGAAGCCUGGCUGUUGCUGACCUGCUGUUGCUAAUUCUUGGACUACCGCUUGACUUGUACCGUCUGUGGCGCUCCCGGCCAUGGGUUCUGGGCACAAUGCUGUGCCGUGUGUGGCACUGGUCAGGUGAGGCAUGUGCUUAUUGCUCUAUCCUGCACCUGACAGCUCUGACAGUUGAACGCUACCUUGCCAUUUGCUUUCCACUUCGCGCCAAAGUCCUGGUGACACGACGAAGAGUAAAAGUACUGUUAGUGGUACUCUGGACUGUGGCACUGCUCUCGGCUGCACCUUUCUUCUUCCUUGUGAAUGUUCAGCCGGCUGACAACACCUCCAGUGAUGAUGACUUCAGCCAUGAGUGUGGCCCCACAGUGCACGCCAAGGAGUCAGGGCUGUUGGGUACUAUGCUCUUGGUCACGACAAGCUACUUUGUGCUGCCCUGCCUCUGCCUCUACCUCCUCUAUGGCUUAAUUGCUAGGGAGCUUCUGUAUGGCAACAAGACACACCUUGGUGUGGCAUCAUACCAGGGCCACCAGCAGACUGUGCGCAUGCUAGUUGUGCUGGUUCUGGCUUUUGUAAUUUGCUGGCUACCCUUCCACAUCGGCAGGAUCAUAUACAUCAACGCUUGGAGUUCCAGGAUGAUGCAUUUCUCACAAUAUUUCAAUGUUUUCGCAUUGCAGCUUUUCUACUUGAGUGCUUGUAUCAACCCAAUUCUUUACAACCUCAUCUCAAAGAAAUACAGGGCAGCAGCUUAUAAACUACUAGUGACCCACAGAUCUGGAGAAAGGGCAUCUACAAUGACCAGAAACACCACUAGUUACAGAGAGACUAGUGCUAGUAUUAAUAAUUAGAUCACCUUCAUUGGCCACAGUGUUUUCACUGCAAAUGUAUAAGCAGACUGCUUUCAAGUAAGUUAAGGUUUAGCCUUCCAGGCAUUAUACAUUCUUUUAUCAGUGGGCUGGUUCAGGUAUAACACCAAAUGAUUUGGAGAUACAUGAGUGAACUUUUGGGAACCUCCAGUUCACGCACAAGACAGACAGACAGACAGAGACAGACAGCUCUUCCUUACAUUCCAUUCCAGAGUUUGACCCUAGUUUCCAGUCCUGGUUUGCAGGCAAAUGGAGAGCAUACUAGCAUGCUUGCCACAAUCCAAGAAAGGAGGGGAUGGGGAAAACUGUAGUAUGCAAAGGAAUUGGAUGUGCACCAGCUCAGUGUCUUCUCAAGGUCUUAUGUUUGUGGAACAUUAUAUUAUUUUAUACCAUUAGUGCUUUGAAUUUAUGUUAACAGAUACCAACAUGCAUCAUGCUAAUUUAUUCUUCUUUAAUUUAUGAAUGUGUUUAUAUUGACUUGUUUAGGUCUAGCAGGUUUAAAUGUGACAAAAUAAAGAACAGAAUUAUGAGGCCUGAUGCAGGAGUGAGGAGAAGAAUAUUACAGUGAUCUUUUUACCACUAAAACCAAUGUAAUAUUUUUAUAGCAUUCAUUUCUUUUUAUUCAGUUGGCUUUUAUUUUGUGUCACUUUGGACACUUUAUGUUAGACAUUCUACCAUUAAAAUAAAAACAUAAGAUUAUACUAUAUAAAUAUGUAAUUCAAUUAUAUUUUCUGCAAUCGUUUAUUCUAAUUUGCCUCAGAAAUUGGGUAGUGUAAAUGUUGUAAUGAUUUGAGUACCAUUCAGUGACAGAAGGCAAAUCAAGGGGGGGAAAGGUUUAACCCAAAUUGCUCUUAGUUCAGGAAACAAUCUGGAAGCUGAAAACAUACGUACAAGUGGAGUAAGUUUCAGUUGUAAUGAGAGGAGUGUUUUUUAAGAGUACAGUGAACUGGCUGCUUAUUUUUGCCAGCAAUGCCCUCUUUCUAGACUGUUACAUGUGGAAACUUCAGCAUGAAACAUAUAUAUGGAUGUAGUUUUAGUGGCAAGCCUUAUGCUAAGAACUACUGGUAAUUUUCAAAAUGACUAGUCUGAAUAUAUACAGAGUGAUCCAGGGCAUAUUUACCACUGUUCAGGGGACUUACUACACACCCUAAAAUUAGAAUGGUGACAAUAUUCUAAAUAUCUAGAUACUGUAUAUGAUAAACUACAGCAUUUCAAUACGAUAUGGAACAUUGGUAUAAAGGCAAAAUAAAGUAUCAUUUUGUAUAGUUUUAUCCAUAAUUCCCUCCAUGUAUUAUGCUUAUCUGUUUGACUGUAAUUUGACAACACCAGUGUUUCAGGUCCAAUGUCCUAGCCAUUAAAAUAUACUGCUACACAGCUCUGCAAUUUUUAAAUGCACAGGAAAUGGAGUACGCUAACCAAAUUUAAUACUGGCAUAUUAUGCUAUUGGUUCUCAAAUACUUGGGUAUAGAAAAAUAUUCAUUAUGUAUGUCAAUGUUGCUUUCUAUGUUGAUUCUGAUUUAAUCUUAAAAUAAAGUU